AUGGCUGAGACUCUCAGGAAAAGCUUUCACAUUUUGGUGUUUUCUUGGUAUGCCUUUGUCCUCCUGUCACUUGCUGCUAAGGAUGGUGAGCCACUACCACCUGGGAUCUUCAUGUACGGCGGACCCUGGAAAUACCUCACUUUCUUGAAUCUGGUACUGCAGAUGGUGUUUUUCGGGCUGGCUGCAGCGUGUGAUUUUCAGUCUUCCUCAGGGAAAGGCAUGGACAAACAACUCGACCUGUGCAUGCACCUGCUCUUCUCUGUCUUAGCCUUCCCUGUGGGUUUGUUUGUGGUGCUGCUUUUCUGGACGAUCUUUACUUAUGACCGGGAGCUGGUCUACCCCGGCUCAAUGGAUGAAUUCUUCCCCCAGUGGAUGAACCAUGCAAUGCACACACUGGUAUUGCCUUUGUUAUUGGGUGAGAUUCUGCUACAGCCUCAUGAAUAUCCCAAAACCAAGAAUGGCCUGGCAGCCCUGGGCAUCGUGGGACUGGCUUAUUUGAGCUGGGUCAUUUGGAUUUACCUGGCUGCUGGUAUCUGGGUGUACCCUCUGCUUGGCCUCUUCAGCACCCCAGGGCUGAUGGGGCUUUUCUUCUGCAACAUGUCCAUCGUGACCCUCCUCUACAUGCUGGGACAGACUCUGAACAAGCAGGUCUGGGCAUAA